CCCCCUCCCCCCCCUUCUCCGGUAGUGCAGACGACGCCGAAAACGGGCCGCAAACGUAGAGAGGUUAAACUAUAGUGUAUUUGUCGCCGUUGGGCGUUGAGAACUGUGCCAAAUGUCUCUAUUGUCCGUCUCUCGGAACCCGUUGAAGGGUUUAAAACCAGUUAGAAUACAAUUUGUUUGGAAUCAUGCUAUCAGAUUAUCUUCAGGAACUUUUGGUACAGACAACAUGGAUGCAGGUGAAGAAUUUAGACAACUCGAGCUUAAGCCCACCCGAACUCGUGAGAAAUUUCAACGUAAAAAGGCUCCUGUUCAUAUGAUAAUGCCUAGGGACUACAAGAGGGCUAACAAAAUCGAUCCAGAUAAUGUCGACUGGAAAAGUAUAUGGCCAGGCCCUCGUACAUUUGACCCAAAUGCUAUCCCUAUCCCUGUGAGGCAAGGGAGAUUGAAACCCAAACAAAGGGCAUUUGGCAAGACUGCAAAUUUGGAACUUAUGAAGAUUCCAACUUUUUUCCAUCUAACCCCUCCUGCCAUCAAAGCUCAUUGUGAAGAGCUGAAAAAGUUUUGCACUCCGUUCCCAUCAGAAUUAGACACAAAAGAAAAGUGUGAAAAGCACUUUCCAUUAACAGUCAUAACUAAUGACUACUUACACGCUGCACCAACCAUUAGAGAUCCUUUAGCUAGAAUAGUUACUAUCAAGUUGAAACUCAAGGAUAUACCACUAGAUGAACAUGCAAGGGACAAGUUAAUGCGAAUUAUUAAGGACCGAUAUGAUGAAAAAACUGACACUUUGACAAUUGUAACUGACCGGUGUCCCUUGCGGAAGCAGAACUAUGAUUAUGCUCAAUAUUUGUUGACAGCCAUAUUCUAUGAAUCUUGGACUGUUGAGGAAUGGGAAGCAUCAAAGACUGAGGCUGAUAUGGAGCAUUAUGUGUGGAAUAGGAAUACAUCCUCCAAAGCACUUGCUUCAAUACUCAACUGGACACCUGACAAACUGGGGAAAUCUAUUUUUCAUGAUCCUUUACCAGAAGAUAAACUGAAACCUGAACAUCAUGCAUAUGGGAAGGCUGUCAAAAAUAUUGUUGAAGGUGAAACUGAAGAGGGUUGGUCACAGUACAAGAAGGCUGCUGUUCAAGUACUACUUCGUCAAUAAAAUCUACAAAUCAUGUUUUACUGUUGUUUCUCUUAGUUUUUUAAAAAAGGUGCCAGUAUGAAAGUUAUAAAUGAUCAUUUAGGUAA